AUUAGAAACAUCUGCAGAAAAAUCGUGGUCACAUUAGUGUUUCAAUACAAUUUUCAUUUUUAGUGAAAAGCAAGAAAACUUUUAUUCGUAAAUGGCUAAUUUUGAUUUACUUCCUGACAACAUCAUAUUAGAAGUUUUGAACUAUUUGCCUGUUAAAGAAUUAUGCAUAGCUGGAAGAGUCUGUAGGAGAUGGAGAAGAAUUACCAGAGAUUACACUUUAUGGAGACAUGUAGAUUUAACACCCUACCGAUUAGAUUUGAAAAAAACAUGGAAGGUUAUCAGGUCACAUUUCUCAGAAUGUCUGAUUAGUCUGAAACUAAGAGGAGAUUUUAACAUGCCAAUUAAGGAUAAAAAUCCAGUGUCAGAUGCCAUGCUUGUUGACUUGAAUGAGAGAUGUCCAAACAUCAGACACAUUACCUUACAAAACUGUAAACUACAGAACCUAGAGAUGAAACUUCCACCAAGCCUGACUUCUAUAGAAUUGAAUCAGUGUUACUGGAAACCUAGAUGGUUUAAACAUCUCCAUACCAUGAUACCAAAUAUCAAGUGUCUAAUACUAGAACAUACCUCUAGGGUAGAUAAUCACGAUUUAGAAGAUGUUUGUAAAAUUACAGGAUUAGAGUCUCUUAAUUUGAAUGCUUGUUACAGAAUUAACGAGAAAGGUUUAGAAAAGAUUGCAAAAGAACUGACAAAUUUACAAACCUUAGAAAUAGCACAUUGUAAUUGUACAGAUCUCAUUUUACAUCAUAUAUCACGUCAUCUGACAAAGUUAGAAACUCUGAACAUAAGAAAUAGUAAAGUUACAGAUUCAGGUAUUUCUACUAUAGUGUCAGGACUACGCAAUCUUAAGCAUUUGAAUAUAAAUAAAUGUGAUUUACUUACGCCUUCUGGUGUGGAAUGUCUGAAGUCUCUCAAAUCAUUGAAAACUUUAGUGUGUGACAUUCCCCAUAUCACAUCAAAUGUAGAGACCAUAUUAGAAAAUAAUGGCUGUAUUAUAACAGCAUUAGAUCGUAACAAGCCAGAGAACAUUUAAGGGUCUAUUUUAUUUGACACUGAUAUCUUUUUAUUUAUUGUCCUCAACAUGAAUGAAAUUAUUGCCACUGAACAUUAUAGUAAGCAACAAUUCAAUUAAUCUUUUCAUUUGUUUCCAAAUAUAUUUAACCUACGACUGAAAAGUCAUUAUUAAUUAUUAUCUCUGACUCUAAAAUAUUCAGUUGAUCAACAAUGAUUUGACAACAACUUAUAGUUUCCACUGAAUAUAUAUAAUUCUAUUAGAUUAUGCUGUUUUAAGCUGGAAUUAGCCAGCACUGUUGUAUAACGAAAUGAUAUGAAAAAGGCCUCCCAAAAUUUCUUAAAAUAUGUUAGAAGGUACCAGGCUUAUAAUUUGAUAUGCCAGACGCGCGUUUCGUCUACAUAAGACUCAUCAGUGACGCUCAGAUCAAAAUAGUUAGAAAGCCAAAACAAGUACAAAGUUGAAAAGCAUUGAGGACCCAAAAUUCAAAAAAGAAUUGUGCCAAAUACGGCUAAGGUAAUCUAUGCCUGGGAUAAGAAAAUCCUUAGUAUUUCGAAUAAUUCAUACCUUUGCAAACAGUAAAUUUAUAAAAAUUACCAUAUAAUUGAUAUUCAUGUCAACACCGAAGGCUGACUACUGGGCUGGUGAUACCCUCGGGGACGAAACGUCCACCAGCAGUGGCAUCGACCCAGUGGUGUAAAUAGUUACCAAAUAGUUAAAUAGUUAGAAAACAUACUUUGAAUUAAUUUUUGGCAAAUCAUGGCUUUAUAAAUAUUUACCACAAUAUCUUGAUAAAUGAUGCUAUCCCACAAUGCAUCUUUCUUACACCAAAUAAAUGUAUACAUAUUUUUGUAAUCCAUCAAGCUUUACUGUUGAUAAAACUAUAUGUGUUGUAAUUUGUCACAAAUUGUGAUGGGAUGAGAUUAUGCAGAAUGAAAUUAUGUUUUUGAAAAAAAAAAUAUAUUUUAUAUAAUUUACAUUUGCUGUAAUGUUUACUACAUAAAUGCUUUAUGUAUGUUCAGUAUAUGUGUUGUUAAAGAUUUGUUUGUUGAACUACUUUGUAAUUUUUUUAAAACGCAAGUUCAUAUAUUAAUCAAAUUAAGAUAAAACACAAAUACAACAGAUUCUGUGAAGAACAUGUCUUCAACAUCAUGUUAUUGUAUCUUUAGCUCAUCUAACCAAAAUGGGCAUGUGAUCUUUUAUGAUAUAUUUUGCAUUUUAAUGUAUUUUUAACAAAUUAUAUAUAUUAUGUCUCCAUUUUACUCCAUGGUCUUGAUUUUCUAAGUGUGUCAAUUAUAGAAUAAGUAAUCGGAGAAUUCAAAUAUAGAAAAAUAUUCAACAAGUGACCAAACAACACAUUAAUUCAUCAAUCUGUAAAAUGCAUGAGUUAAUUAUCAGUGUUGUUCGGUCACGAGUUGAAUAUUUUUCAAUUUUUGAAUUCUUUGAUUAGUUAUUCUUUUUAUUACAUUGACAAUGGGCUUUUUAAUGGAAUUAAAGAAGAAACUUUAAGGAGCUAUAUCUUUUUCUACGCAUUCAUAAUUUGGUUUGAUGCAAUGUCAUAGACAACGUCUUGACAACACAUAUUAUUGUAUGAUGUCAGAGGAGUGAAAUUAUCAUGUUUAUUUCACAUGUGAAAUUAUCGGUUUUUAUUUCACUGGGAAAUCAUGGUAGAUCAUUGCAACCAAUGUGAUAAUAAUAAUUAUUUAUGAAUUGAACAAGUGAAUCUGUGAGCUACUGCUCACUAAUGAUACACCCACCCGCUAAAAGUAUAAGGUAAACAGGAAAUUGUUGAGUGAUGAAUCUGAAAACGCAUCACACGGUAAAUCUGACUCAUAUAAACCCUGAAACCAAAUUUCAGAAAUCCUUGUAAUGUAGUUCCUGAGAAAAUGCGACGAAAAAUAUUCAUGGUACUGAUGGACUGAUGGACUGAUGGACGGACGGACAGACAGAGGUAAAACAGUAUACCCCCACUUUUAUAAAGCAGGGGUAUAAUAAAAGAGAUGUGAGUUAUAACAACACCACAUCAAACAAAUGACAUUAAAGUAUCGUGAAGCCAAUCAAACUUUCUAACAUAAAGGAGUAGGGGCAUUAAGGCCCGGUUUUGGCCCAAGAAAUAAAAUAUUUGACAACUAUUUCAAAUUUGCACAUAUUGUUUGGAAAUGCAUACAGUCAGGAAAUAUAAAUGAAAAACAUAAGAUUUUUUUGUCUGAUGACAUCACAAUUACUUCAAAAUAUGUACCGUUUUCAUGAAAAUGAUGAAAAAUACAGAGUUUAUGCAGUUUUCCAUUGUUAUUUCCAUUGUGGAAACAUCGUGCGCAGCCAAGAAACAACAAAAUAAUUUAAGAGAAACUUUAUUAUAACUAUUGACAUAAUCUCACCAAAUAUAAAUUUGUUUCUUGUAUGUGCACAUACUUUGCCAAUCUAAAAUAUACUUAAAAUUUGAUGAAAAACAAGGAAAAUUUAGAAGUUUUACAAAAUAUACAAGUUUCGUCAUGGUUUGUUGCUAUGGUAACUCGUUAAACGUGAAAUUUGUUUCUAUUUUCUGAAUACCUGGUACCUUAGUCUAGUUAUGACAAAUUAAAGUAUAUGUAUGAUAACUUUUAAAUUUGCAGUAAUAUUUGGGCCAAAUAAGGGCCUUAUUGCCCCUACUCCUUUUUGAAAAUGCACUGUCCUAGUAAAUAAAAAUGUUCUCUGUGGAAUUCAUGCAAUGGGAACUUUAAAUUUCCCCUUGAAAAAACAAUCACUCAUUAGUUUAAACAAUAUUUAUUCAGAUAAAUUAUCACAUAACGAUAUAAUACAAUUGAAAUAAAUGUUUAGGAUUCAGAAACAAGCAAAUUUGAUUUUACAAAUCUGUCUCCUAAAAUCAUUUGUUGAUUAAUUUGGCUGAUCAAAAAAAAAAAUAGCGAUGAAAAAACAUGCACCAAUACUCUGUGGUGGAUCCCGGGGGGGGGGGGGGG